ACAGAUUCACAGAUUCACAGCAGUUUCGCAGUUAGCUUGCUGAGGACCGGUUCAACUGCACUCUUCUGAAAUUCUGGUGCGUUGUAAGAAAAACAAACUUGAAAUUAAAUAUUGUAUUCGUGAAACAUACUGUUGACGUUAUGGCAAACUCUAUAUGUGUAAGUGAAUUUGGAUUGAUUCGAUCAUCUGUGGAAUAACUAAAAAAGAUGACGAAACUCGUUGGUGAGCAUAUAGUUUACUGCAUUGUGGAUUUUUAAAUAUCGACAAUUCCAUAUUUAAUGUACUCGGAAUAAAUUCGCUGUGAUGUCGGCGAAGAUCAAAAUGGAGAAAAUUGAUGAGACAAAUGUUACUGAGGCUAAAAAGCCCGAAGAUGUCAUAAAAAUGCCCCUAAAUGAUAACCUGAAAUUUGCUGUUCUCAUUGGUUUAGUGGAGGUGGGGCAAGUGUCAAACAAGGAAGUUGUGAAUACAGUUCUUCACCUGCUGGUUGGGGGAGAAUUCGACAUGGAACUAAAUUUUGUCAUACAGCAGCCCCAAAAUAUAGUUCAUAUGUUAGAUUUGUUGGAUCACUGCCCGUCCAAUUUGCAGGCUGAAGUUUGGAGUGUAUUUAUUGCAAUUUUAAGGAAAAGUCUUCGCAAUCUGCAAGCUUGUACAGAUGUUGGGCUAAUUAAACAUGUUCUUUCUAGAUUAUCUUCUGUUGAAGAGGUUGUAGCAGAUCUCUUAAUUGAAAUUUUAGGAGUUUUAGCUAGUUAUAGUAUUACUGUUAGAGAGCUUAAGCUUUUGUCCGGUUGUAUGAAAGCAGAAAAUGGCAAAUGGCCAAGGCAUUCCGUGAAAUUGUUAUCAGUAUUAAGACAGUUACCCCAAAGGCAUGGACCUGAUACCUUCUUUAGUUUUUCAGGAAAAAAGGGUGCUGCAAUAGCAUUACCUCCUCUUGCAAGGUGGCCGUAUCAAAAUGGUUGGACGUUCAGUACAUGGUUUAGACUAGAUCCUAUAAAUAGUGUCAAUAUUGAAAGGGAGAAACCUUAUUUAUUUUGUUUUCGAACCUCAAAAGGUGUAGGAUAUUCUGCACAUUUUGUUGGAAAUUGUCUAGUUUUCACAUCAAUGAAAGUAAAAGGCAAGGGUUAUCAGCACUGUGUGAAAUAUGAAUUUCAACCAAGGAAAUGGUAUAUGAUUGCUAUUGUAUAUAUUUAUAAUCGUUGGAGUAAGAGUGAAAUCAAAUGUUUCGUGAAUGGGCAGCUGGCUUCAACUACAGAAAUGAGCUGGCUUGUAAAUAAUAAUGAGCCCUUUGACAAAUGUUAUAUUGGUGCUGCUCCUGAACUGGAGGAAGAACAUGUGUUUUGUGGCCAGAUGUCUGCUAUGUAUCUCUUUAGUGAAGCCCUUACAACUCAUCAAAUAUGUGCCAUCCAUAGGUUAGGUCCAGGAUAUCAGAGUCAGUUUAGGUUUGAAGGAGAAGCCAGUUCAUCCUUACCUGAAAACUUAAAAAGGGUAUUAUAUGAUGGUAAGCUUUCAAGUGCCAUAGUCUUCAUGUAUAAUCCAGUAGCAACUGAUAGUCAACUGUGUUUACAAGCAGCUCCAAAAGGAAAUGUUUCCUUUUUUGUCCAUACGCCUCAUGCACUAAUGUUGCAAGAUGUGAAAGCCAUUACUACAUAUUCCAUCCAUAGUACUUUGAACUCAAUCGGUGGGAUACAGGUACUGUUUCCAUUACUGGGGCAACUGGAUAUUCCAACUGGCAUUUCUCAACCUAAAAGUCAAGAUAAAAAACUGACAACUUGUGCAACAUUAAUUGGUUUUGUUUGUGACUUGGUGGAGAAUUCUCCUACCGUCCAACAGCAUAUGAUUCAGAAUAAAGCGUUUCUGGUCAUUAGUUAUUUAUUACAGAAGGCAUCUAGAGAUCAUAUAACAGAAGAAGUAUUACUGUCAUUUUUAAACCUCACAAAGUAUCUGGUCACAGUCAACAAUAGCAAUAGCGAACUUCUCUUGAAACAAUUGCUUGACCAUAUCUUAUUCAAUCCGGCCCUUUGGAUAUAUACUCCUACAGUUGUUCAAACAAAACUGUUUACAUACCUGGCAACUGAUUUUUUGGCAGAUACUCAAAUAUACAGUAAUGUGCGGCGCAUAAGUACUGUUUUACAGACGAUGCAUACUUUAAAAUAUUACUAUUGGGUUGUCAAUCCAAGAAAUAAAAGUGGCAUCACUCCCAAAGGGAUAGAUGGCCCCCGUCCUUGUCAAAAUGAUAUUAUGUCCAUUCGAGCAUACAUUUUAUUAUUUUUAAAACAACUGAUUUUAAAAGGAAAUGGUGUCAAAGAAGAUGAAUUACAAAGCAUAUUGAAUUAUUUGACUACCGUCCACGAGGAUGAAAAUCUUCAUGAUGUUCUUCAAAUGCUAAUGUCUCUCAUGUCAGAACAUCCUGCCUCUAUGGUUCCAGCUUUUGAUAUCAAAAAUGGAAUUAGUAAUGAUUUAGAUUCAAGAACUAUACCAGAAUUUAGCCAGCACCUCUCGGCUCCGCUGCAGCAUUUUGAGUUUCCUAUUCCGCUGGAUCAGCAAUUUCCAAACUGGGAUACUGAAGCUGUUCCUCAAAAAUUGGAGAAGGAAUUAUAUAUGACUGUAUUUAAGCUCCUUGCAUCAACCAAUGAAGUUAUACGUCUGCAGGCUUUGAAACUUCUUGGCUAUUUUUUGAGUAGAAGCACUCAUAAACGCAAGCAUGAUGUCAUGGGUCCUCAUAAUUUGUACAUGUUACUUGCUGAUAGGUUACUUCUUCAUUCUGAUCAUAUAUCUCUAUCAACAUACAAUGUUCUAUAUGAGAUACUAACUGAACAUGUAUCAAGUCAGAUUCUGUAUCAAAAGCAUCCAGAGCCAGAAUCUCAUUAUAGACUUGAAAAUCCAAUGAUUUUGAAAGUUAUUGCUACAUUGAUCCGUCAAUCUAAGCAUUGUGAAGAGCUUAUGGAAACAAAGAAAUUAUUUCUCUCUGAUAUGACUCUUUUGUGCAAUAAUAAUAAGGAAAAUAGAAGGACAGUACUACAAAUGUCUGUUUGGCAAGAAUGGCUUAUAGCCAUGGCAUACAUUCAUCCUCAAAAUGCUGAAGAGCAGAAGUUAUCUGAUAUGGUGUACUCUCUUUUUCGCAUGCUUCUUCAUCAUGCUAUCAAGUACGAGUAUGGAGGUUGGAGAGUAUGGGUUGAUACUCUGGCUAUUGUUCAUUCCAAAGUUUCCUUUGAAGAAUUUAAAUUACAGUUUUCUCAAAUGUAUGAACAAUAUGAACAGAGGCGCUCAGAUCAUUUAACUGACCCAGCUCUUCGUAAACAAAAGCCCAUCAGUACUAUCUCAGGCUUGGAAAAUAAUAACCACCGUGCCUUAAAUGUUGUGAAUCCACCCAGACCUGAUAUUCUUAAAGAUUCUAAUGAAAAUUCAAAACCAGAUACUAUAAAAGCGAUCACCAAUACUCCAUCUUCUCAUGGAAAAGAAGCUGAUUCAGUUCAAGAAGAAUCUAACAAAGCAUCAAACUCUUCACCUAGCACAUUUACAGUAAGCAGUGAUGAAUCUAGUGAAAAAACAACUACUGUUCAAAUAACAGAAGUUCAGAAUGGUAUGAAUAAACCCAACUAUAACAGUAGUUUGUGUGAAGCAUUGUUGACUGCUGAUGAUCAUAGACCUGUUCCUGUUGAAUCUGAAGAUCGAAGCAUGAUUGAAACUUUACCUGCCCAGACACUUACUGAUGAUGAAACAUGCAGUUUAGAUCAAGCAGCAUCUGUAGAAGAAAACAGUGAUUUGCAUCUAAAUCACACCCAAGAGAUUGAUUUAGAAUCAGAAGGUGGUGUCAAAAUGGGUGCAGAUAACCCUCAAACUAAUUCUCCUAGUGACUCAGGCUUUGCUUCUUUAUCUGUUAAUGAGGAUUCAAAAGUUAAAACAUUAGCUGAUGAUGAAUUAACAUAUGAAAAUGAAUCGGCCCUGGAUGAUGAAAGUGCUGCCACUGAAAAAUCUCCUGAUGAAAUACCGAACGAAAUAUUGGAUGAUGACCAACCUGUUAAAUCAUUUGAAGAUAUGGAGCAUGUUUCUUAUGAAAGCUCAAGUUUUAGUGAAACUGUAGAAGAUAAUGCAGAAUUGAGAACUUCAAAUUUACAAGAUUUAGAAGAUAAAAUUCCUCAAAUCCCAAGUGAUAGUCACACUUUAGAAGAAGGAAAUAAAGAAGAAACUGAUGCCAAAGAUAUAGAAGAAAACUUAAGUAAUUCACAUACAUCUGCUGAUAUUUCUGGAGAGAAAAUUGAAGCACCUGAAGCUUCAAUGGAAUCAAGCACCACAUUACCUGCUGUAAAUGAAAAUGAGGAAAAUAAAUCAGAUGCAGUUGCUCAAGAAAUAGCUGAAAUUGGUACAGAUAACUCUAUACGUGUGAUUGCAGAAAAUGAUAGUGUAGAUGAUAAGAGUUCAGAAUCAGUAACCACUCCUGAAAGCUGUACAUUACUUGAAACUAUUACAACUGAGGCAGAAACUAUUCAAUUGAAUAAGGAUGAGCUUUGUCAAGAAAAUGAAGUUACUGAUAAUCAGGACUGCAUUCCAACAAAUUCUGAAAGUCAAAUUUUAAGUGAUUCUAUCACUACUGAAGAAGGAAGUUGUGUGCCAUCUCAUUUGUCUGAGAAGGACCAAGGGCUAAUAGUCAAUGAAAAAUCUGAAACUACUGAUUCAGAAACAACCAAGAUAUUAUCUGAUAAUAACUUAACAUCUCCAUCAAAACAAAAUCAUGAUUCUUCUUCUGUUACUGAUGUAAAAGAGGAAAAUGAUUUUUCUGGCACAUUACAAGAUGUAAAACCUGUAGAAUCUGAACUUUCACUUACUGAAGAAGUUAAUGCAGUUGAAACAGAUGAAACAGAAGAAACUUCUCAUGACAAAGAAGUUUCUAAAAGUUUACCACACAGUCCUGAAAAAACUCUGCAAACUACUUCUUCAUUGCCAUCUUCUCCUAAUACUGUAUCUACAAUUUCUCAAGUUGAAUCACCAACAUCAACUGAUGAUAAAGAUGUAAAAACUUUUGAAAAUAAAUCAACUGAAGAAUCCACCCCUUUUAAGAAAAGAGAAGAUGAAGAGGAGGAAACAGAGAAGCGUCCUGGCAUCAGUACUAUUGAAGGCCAGUUGGAGAAAGAACGAAGACUAAUGGCAGAGGCAAGUGGAGAUAGAACUGGUGAACAAAUUUUAAAUGAAACUUCUACUUCUCCUAAAACUGGCUCUGAUACAGCAUCAUGGGUAUUAGAGGAUUCUCCAUUAGGAGAUUCUCCUCUGGAAAAGUCUCCAGUUGACCCAAGUACUGUAAAAAAUAAUACUGAAAAUGCAGCAGCUAAUCAGAAUGUUGUUCCUACAUCUGAGGCAGAUGUAGCACCAACUAGGCGUACUCGAAGUGUAAUUGUUCCUCGAAAACAGCCAACAAAUCAAGUUCAGAGACCUAAAUCAAUGUCAAUGAGCCAAAAACCAGCUGGUGGAAAUGGUAGGCAAAUGUUCAAUUCUGGGCCUACAAGACCCCCUUUCCGAAUACCAGAAUUUAGAUGGUCACCUAUACAUCAAAGAUUGUUAUCUGAUUUGUUAUUUUCUUUAGAAACAGAUAUUCAAGUCUGGAGAAGCCAUACUACUAAAACUGUGAUAGACUUUGUGAAUAGUGGGGAAAAUGCUAUAUUUGUGAUCAACACUGUACACUUAAUUUCUCAAGUGGCUGAUAAUAUCAUCAUAGCUUGUGGUGGUUUGUUACCUUUGUUGGCUUCAGCUACAUCUCCGAAUCAUGAACUAGAUGUGAUUGAACCAACACAAGGGAUGUCAAUCGAAGUUGCUGUAGCUUUCUUGCAACGUUUGGUAAACAUGACUGAUGUUUUGGUAUUUGCAUCAUCCUUGAGUUUUAGUGAACUGGAAGCUGAGAAAAACAUGUCCAGUGGUGGAAUAUUAAGACAGUGUUUAAGAUUAGUUUGUACAUCUGCUGUACGUAACUGUCUAGAAUGUAGAGAAAGAAGCCUUCCCCAAACUCCUGUGAUACCUCAUCCAAGUUCCAGUAUGUCGAGAGAUUCCCGUCCUUCUCCAAUUCAAGCGCUGAUUGGUGGGGUUCAACCAUCAGCCAAGGUUGAUUUUAAUAUUGUUGAAAAUUUAGGAGGACAAAGUAGUCCUAUUCGUGAUCCUGAAAAACUUUUACAAGAUAUGGAUGUUAAUCGUCUUCGAGCUGUUAUAUAUCGGGAUGUGGAUGAAACAAAACAAGCACAAUUUUUAGCUUUAGCUGUUGUUUAUUUCAUUUCUGUGUUAAUGGUCUCAAAAUAUCGUGACAUAUUAGAGCCACCUCCUCCACCAUCAUCCUUUUCAUCGCGGCAAGCUGCAAAUUCAGAAAUGUCUCAUUACACAUCAUCUGCUGUAACCUCAUCUGCAUCUCAAACAGCUAUUGAUUCAGAUGCAAGAUCAAAUGGACAGUUAACCGAUUCUACACCUGCAUGUAAUGAAGAUGGUGAAGAUGAAGUUAUCAUUGUUGAAGAUACAGAUUCUAGUAUACUUGCUCAUUUACAUUCUUCUGGUGCUCCUGUAUCUGCUGUUAUUAGAACUCAGAAACUAAAGGCUGAACAUGGUAUUCGACAAGAAGCAGAGCUUAUGGUAAAUGGUGCUGGAGAGGACAGUCCUCAUAUGAAUGAUGAACUUAGAGAAAGAGACAUUGAAUCUGAGUCUGUUAAUUUGACAUCUGUGCCAGAAGAUGCAUCGUUUUCUGUGGCAGAUACUAGAGUUUCUAAUUCAGAUCCUUCAAUUAUGACUUCUUCUUUAGCUCAAAAUGGAUAUUCUAGGACUUUGGAUUCAAUGGAUGGUUGUCAGCAAUCACGAACUGAUGACAUUCACAUUUCUUCAUUGGGAAGUGCAGAUGAUUUUCAUAUGUUAAGCUCAUCAUUAUCAAGAGAAGCUACUUUAACACAAAAACUCGAAUCAGCUCUUGGUAGUGUGUGUCCUUUGUUACGCGAAAUUAUGCUAGAUUUUGCACCUUUCCUUUCUCGAACUUUAGUUGGAUCUCAUGGGCAAGAUCUACUUGUAGAAGGAAAAGGAUUAUGCACCUUCAAAAACAGCACAUCUGUUGUAGAACUAGUGAUGCUUUUGUGUUCCCAGGAAUGGCAAAAUUCUUUACAGAAGCAUGCUGGCUUAGCUUUUAUUGAAUUAAUAAAUGAGGGAAGACUUCUUUCUCAUGCAAUGAAAGAUCACAUAGUCAGAGUAGCAAAUGAAGCUGAAUUUAUUUUGAAUCGCAUGAGAGCAGAUGAUGUUUUGAAACAUGCAGAUUUUGAAUCUCUCUGUGCUCAGACUGUACUGGACAGAAAAGAGGAAGAGAAGAUGUGUGACCACCUUAUAACAGCUGCUAGACGCCGAGACAGUGUUACUGCAUCCAGAAAUAUUGAAAAAAUUUUAAAUAUUCUUACAAACAAACAUGGCGCUUGGGGUAAUAAGUUUUGUACACCCCAAAGAGAAUUCCUAAAAUUAGAUUCUUGGGAAGAUGAUGCUAGAAGAAGAAAACGCUUUGUACAAAAUCCAUAUGGUUCUAGUCAUCCAGAAGCUACUCUGAAAGCAGCUAUUGAACAUGGGGCUCCUGAGGAUGCAAUAUUACAAGCCCGAGAAGAAUUUCAUCAGCAUUUGGCACUUACACGAAGACAGCAGCAACAUCACUUACAAAGCAGUGAUUUACUAGAUGACAGUGAUUUGUGGGAUGAUAAAGAUCUGGAUGCUGAAUUAGCUGGGCCAGUCAGCUUCAGUACAAAAUGCAGAUUAAUAGCUCCUGGAGUUGUUGUUCCGGGAAUGCUGUCAAUCACUCAAGCUGAAAUGUUUUUUGAGGUUGAUGAAGAUGACUCAGAAUACAAGAAAAUGGAUCCAGAGGUUAUCAAAUACUGCGACCAUGUCCAUGGAAAGUGGCACUUCAGCGAAAUCCGUGCCGUUUUCUCUAGAAGAUACCUGCUUCAAAAUGUGGCUCUGGAAAUAUUUCUGGCCUCCAGAACUUCCAUAAUGCUGGCUUUCAUGGAUCAUACAACCGUGAAGAAAGUAGUCAAAGCUCUACCAUGUGUUGGUGUGGGUAUAAAAUAUGGAAUACCUCAGACAAGGAGAGCUUCCUUGAUGUCCCCAAGACAGAUAUUUCAACAAUCCAAUAUGACUCAAAAAUGGCAGCGAAGAGAAAUAACAAAUUUUGAAUAUCUUAUGUUCCUAAAUACAAUUGCGGGACGAACUUACAACGAUUUGAAUCAAUAUCCUGUAUUCCCAUGGGUGUUGACCAAUUAUGAAGCCCCUGAACUGGAUCUAAGCCUACCUAGUAACUAUAGAGAUUUGUCUAAGCCUGUAGGUGCUCUGAAUCCCAGCAGAAAAGCGUUUUUUGAAGAGCGAUAUGAAACUUGGGAACAUGAAACUAUACCUCCUUUUCAUUUCGGAACUCAUUAUUCAACCUCAGCUUUUACAUUAAAUUGGAUGGUGAGAGUGGAACCUUUCACUACAAUGUUUCUGUCUCUACAAGGAGGUAAAUUUGAUCACGCUAAUCGAAUGUUUUCAUCUGUUGCUCAAGCAUGGAAGAAUUGCCAGAGGGAUACAUCUGAUGUUAAAGAACUUAUCCCCGAGUUUUUCUACUUGGCUGAAAUGUUUAUGAAUAAAAAUGGUUAUCAGUUAGGCUGCCAAGAAGAAGGGACACCUGUUUCUGAUGUGAUAUUACCACCAUGGGCUUCUACACCAGAGGAAUUUGUUCGCAUUAAUAGAAUGGCUUUAGAAUCAGAAUUUGUCUCUUGUCAGCUUCAUCAGUGGAUAGAUCUCAUAUUUGGCUAUAAACAAAGAGGUCCAGAAGCUGUCCGAGCUACUAACGUGUUUUAUUAUUUAACUUAUGAAGGCAGUGUUGAUCUAGAAAAUAUGAAAGAUCUUGUUAUGAAAGAGGCUAUUGAAAAUCAAAUAAGAAAUUUUGGUCAAACACCAUCACAAUUAUUAAUGGAACCUCAUCCACCAAGAAGUUCAGCAAUGCACAUUAGUCCAAUGAUGUUUUCUCCAAUCACGGAAGAAGUGUGCAUGAUUAUGAAAUUCCUAUCCAAUUCCCCAAUAUGUCAUAUAUCGGCUAACACCUAUCCACAGCUUCCCCUACCAUCUGUUGUCACCAUUUCCUGCAACCAAAAUUUUGCUGUUAAUAGGUGGAAUCCGUGUUUCUCAGGUCCUCUUCAUCAAGCUCCUUAUUCUGAUAAUUCUCAGACAUCUCCUUCUCAGUUACCUCUAGCUAUGGAUCCAUUGUUGAUAAUGAAUGUGGCUCCAUAUAAAAGACAUCUUGGAGAUAAUUUCAGCCAAAGGGUCAAGAUGCGUUCGUGUUGCUUUAUUACAACUGUUGAUAGUAGAUUUCUUAUUGCUUGUGGGUUCUGGGAUAAUAGCUUCAGAGUAUUCUCUACAGAAUCUGCAAAAAUUGUCCAAAUUGUGUACGGUCAUUUUGGUGUCGUUACUUGCUUGGCAAGAUCAGAGUGUAACAUAACUUCAGAUUGUUACAUUGCUUCUGGUUCAGAAGACUGCACCAUUCUACUUUGGCAUUGGAAUGCCCGAACGCAAUGCAUAGCCGGUGAUCUUCUAAAUUGCCCAGAUGUACCUACUCCAAGAGCUACUUUAACAGGCCAUGAAAGUGAAGUAACAUGCAUUGUUGUUUCUGCAGAGUUGGGCCUAGUCGUAAGUGGCUCAAAAGAUGGCCCUGUUUUAGUCCAUACAACAAAUGGGGAUUUACUGCGCUCUCUUGAAGCCCCUGAACAUUUCCGUUCACCUGAAUUAUGUGCGCUAUGCCGAGAAGGCUUAGUUGUUGUUUGCUAUGAUCAAAAUAAUCUAUGUUGUUUCACUAUUAAUGGACGAAGACUUCGAAGUGAAACACAUCAUCAUUCUAUUCAGUGUCUGACAAUGAGUAGAGAUGGAGAAUACAUGAUGACAGGCAGUGAUAAAGGAAUUGUUGAAGUGUGGAGAACUUUCAACUUGGCUCUACUAUAUGCAUUUUCUACUUGUGACAGUGGAGUUCGUUCACUUGCUUUGUCUCAUGAUCAAAAAUUCUUAUUGGCAGGUUUAUCUAAUGGUUCAGUGACUGUGUUCUACAUUGAUUUUAACCGAUGGCACCACGAAUUUCAACAACGCUACUAAAGAGUUGUGGAUUAUUUUUACAGUAUUCGUCCCUCAAGGAUUGUAUAAACUUUAAUCGAUACUGCCGCACUUUUUUGGUCCAUGUGGAGCGCCACAAACAAUACGAAUAAGCGCGGUUCAUUAUCUCAUAUAGAAACCGGCCAUGCAAGGACACGAUGCUGUUGUUAUGCACUUACCUUACAGAUAAUCGGAUGACUUCUUAUGAAAGUUAUGCAAAUCACUGACUCUGAAUCAUUCCAAGUGGUUAUUGAUUUUGCUUUAGAAAUGGUUUUUCUUUUUUCUUUUUAAUUCUGUUAUAUCGUUAGCACUUAUUUUGUGAAGUUGACUGGCGCAACUGUUACAAACGAGCUCCGUCACUGUCCCUAGGUGCAUUUGUAGUACUUAAGACGUUGUUUGUUGUACAAAUGCAAAUAUAGAAUUCUGAACGUCCACAGCGCAGGCCCUCCAGCUGUAUAUAUACAACUUGAAUAUAAAUAUAUAUAUAAAUGAAUAAAGUACAUAGAUUGUCAACAUUUUUUAGACUCUCUGCCAUCUAUGAAGUGUUGCGAUUGCCUGUUAGUCUUUUCCCCUUCCAGUCUUAAUGCAGGGGUGCACACAUUUUAUGGUGAUGUUUUUAUUAAAUGCACAAAAACUUUGAAUUGGUAGUUCUUUUUGUGAAUUUAUUUUUAUAUUAGUACAAUUUUUUGUUGUAUGUGUUUAUUUAUAAUUGUAUCAUAAUUUAAUUGAAAACAUAGUAUUUUAUUAUUAUUGCUCUAUAACAUUCCGAUAUCUGCUACAUUUGUGAUAUUUUCAUAUUUAUAUAAAUUUAUUUAUUUAUGCAGCAACUUUUAAAAGUUAAAAAAUUAUGGUGCUUUUAUUAGGAAAAAUGUAAGAAAAGAUUCCUCAUUAAUGGAUUUAAAAUAUUUUUACUAUAUCAUUGUAGUUUAUAUUUACGUAUAUUAUUGUUUAAAGAAAUUUUAUUUUAAUAAUUUAUUUUAUCAAAAUUCAUACUCGGAGCUUUCCUAAUAGUGAAUUCAUAUAAUUAAAAGGAAUUUAUUUUAGAACUAUAAGACUAUGAAUGGUUUAUGGCAUUUCUUUCACUUUAAAAUAAGAUUGACUGAAUUUUGUUUUACUGUGUGUUAAACUGUUUCAUCAAUAAAAUUUGCAUUUUCAUGAGAAAUCCUGCUUUUCUAUAUUUGAGAAUACUUAGUCUUAUUUUAUUACAUUAAUGUUUAUAAAAUAUAAAAAUAUGAGACUUAAAAUGUUGAAUACAAUACUCAUUGCAAACAAAUUCAUUAAUGAGCUCAAGAUAAAUUUUGCAGCUUAUUUCAAGAGCUUGUUAUUAAUUAGUUCAACUAAAUUUUGGAACAUUUGGGUUUAAGUAAAUCCAUUCAUGAAAAAGAUAUUUGAAUAUAAAUAUCUUGCAGUAUAUUGAAAAACAUUCUGAGUGAAUAAUUUUAAAUUUUAGUUUUUUGAUGUUGUUUUGGAUAGUACUUAUUUUAAAUAUAAGCCACCGCAAAUUUUGUUAUCAGUGCUUAAUUGCGAAAUACUUAUUCUUUUAACAGUAAGAUGAGAAAUUAGAUAAAUUUUUUAAUGUGCUAUAAUUAACCGCACAGUAUAGAUAAUAAUAGUUAAUUUAUAUGUUUAUGUUAUUGCAUUUUACUUUUUUCCGUUUAGUCAACUUGUUAAAAUAAGCAAGUUAUUGUUUAUUUAUUUCUAAUAUGUUAAAAAAUGCUCAUCAAAUUUAGAAUUUUUUCCCUCAUUUUUGUUUUUUCUUUUGUAGGUAUGUUUAGUUGUUGUAUUUGAAAUCGUUAUUUUAAAAAUUAUAUUUAUUAGAUACAAACAUUUUGCAUGUAAGUGUUGUGCACCCCUGUUUAAAAAUUUCUGCCUUGCUCAAUGAGAUUACAUUAGUUUUUUCUUGUCACUUAUUCUCUUAUCUUUUUUCCCUUCUAGCCUGAGAUAGUUCCAAGAACAAAUUAAUCUUUGGCUCAAAAAAAAAAAUUAACUCUUUGUAGCGAGUCCACUAUCUCUUUGCCCUGUAGAGUCUUAUAGUGAAUAAUUUCUAGUCAAAUGCCUGGGGUGUCGUGUGGCGAUAAACUGGCAUUGAGUAUACUUAUGGAUGUAGCCAUACUAAAAUUCUGUUCAUUCAAAACGUAUUAACAUAUUAAGAAGCAAAAAAAGUAAAUCUAGAGGAUGUAGUUAAUUUUAAAUAGAUUUUUUGUUCACAAUAUUUGUUUAAAAACACAGUUUACAGUGCAUGUGUAUAUGGAUAAUAAAUAUUUUGUUUUUUGAUUGUAUAAUUUAAAGGCAUAGUUCCUUAUUUAACUUUGUGUAGAUUAAAAUGUAGAAUGUUAUUGAUUUAUUGGGAUGAGGGUAACAUGCUUAAUAAAUUCACUAAAAAAACAGUAUUAUGUAUAUUUUGAUUAUUUUUGUUUGUUAGUGAUUGUACUAAAAUGUUUUUUUAAUCAAAAUACAUGGAGCAUUUUUUUCUUUUAUUUUAUGUAGCUAGCAUUUACAGUUUAAAGACCUAUAUGUAUAUUGUUUAUUCAGAUUUUUCACAAAUUGUUUUUAUGAAUAUCAUAGUGUUUUAUAAAAAAAAUUCAUAGUAAUGAACACAGUGACAUUUGUGUACAAAAGACCCUUUUAAACCCCGAUAUUUAUCAUUAAAUAUAGCCAUGGAAAUUGAAGGAAAAAAAUGCUGAUUUCUUUUUUUAUUCCUUUGUAUAACUUACUAACAUUAUUGAUGUUUCAUCCAAGUGAAAUCAUCUAUUUUUUCUAAGAAAAAGGAGUUAAUUUAAUGUAUAAAAAAAGAAUAAAAAAACUCUCCUUUGCAACUAAGAAUAUCUAAAGUUAGUAUAAUUUUGAGAGAUUACUUAUAACUGCAUUUUUGAAUUGCACUGUACUUAAAUGUAUAAACACCUAAUUUCCUUAGAAUGUAAUGUUCACUUAUAAUGGGAAGAAAAUCAGUUCUUAAAAUCUUAAAUUUUUGGUUUUUAAUUUUUGUCAGUCAAGUUUUUCAGUGUGUGCUUUGUGAACUUUUUUUUAUGAAACCCACUUUAUAUGUCAAUGCCUUUUGUUGCCAGCACAAAACGGUAUGGGGCUUGUAUAACAAUCAGGUGAACUGGUUAAAUAAAAGCUAUUGAAUUGUA